CCGGGUGGGUGGCGAAGGAGCGUCCGGGCGUGGGAGGGCCCCUCCCGGCCACCGUCACGCGGGGAGCAACGGCUACUCCUGGGUGGGGGAGGGGCUGGCGGCGGCACGGCGGCCAUCUUGAGCCAGGGGCCCUCACUGCGGAGGCCGGGGCUCACGGAAGAAGGCCCCGCGGGCAGGGCAGAGCGCGCUGGGCAGGGCGACUGGGACCCGCCCCCGCAGGGUCCCGAGAGCCAGAGGCAGAGGCAGUGUGAGGAGCGCGGCGGUGCCCGCCCCGCCAGGCCUCGCGCCCGCCUGCCCGGCGGCCAGCACGCGCCCCAGCCCGGCCAGCCGACCAGGCCGCGGCCCUGCGCGGCGGCGCCAUGCGGCUCACCCUCAAGGCCUGGCCGCAGCUCACCUUCCACAUCGACAUUGACCCCGGCCAGACGGUGAGGGCCCUCAAGGAGAAAAUUGAAGCCGAGCAGGGCAGAGAUGCCUUUCCGGUAGCGGGGCAGCAGCUCCUUUAUGCGGGCCGCGUCCUCCCGGACGACGCUGUGCUCAGAGACUGUCAGAUCCACGAGCACCACGCAGUGACGGUCCUGGUGGCCAGACCCGAGGCGGCGACCACAGCAGCACCGGCCACGGCCACGGCCACGGCCACAGCUGGGCAGUCCCAUCCUGCCACCGCGGCAUCGGCUGGUGCUGGGGCCCCAGCCCGCGGCCCUGCCUUGCCCGCCGCGCCUGCCACCUCCACGCGUGCUACACCUGCACCUGCCUCCGUGUCAGCAUCCGGUACAGCGUCGGCUCAGCCUGCACCUGCUGGCGCACCUCAAGCUGCAGGGCAGCAGGCAGGCCCGCCAGGGUCUCCAAGCCCCACACCAGAUGAUGCCAUCGCGGGACCCUCCUCUCGGGCCCAGCCGUCUGAGCAGGCAGCAAGGGCGCUGCUGACACGUCCGGCUUCCGAGCAAAUGGUCGCCGAGAUCGUGUCCAUGGGCUACGAACGGGAGCAGGUCCUUGCAGCCCUGAGAGCCAGCUUCAACAACCCUCACAGAGCCGUGGAGUAUCUUUUAAUGGGACUCCCCGGAGACAGGGCAAGUGCGGCCGAGGUCGAGCCCCCUCAAGCCGGGAGCAGCGGAGCCGGUCGGUCUUCAGCGGUGGAGGCAGAUGCAGGGACUGCGACAUCGGGUUCUGGAGGACACCCCCUGGACUUUUUACUGAAUCACCCUGAGUUUCAACAGUUGAGACAGAUUAUUCAGCACGAUCCUUCAUUGCUUCCAGAAGUGCUGCAAGGCAUACGUCCGCGGAAUCCUCAGUUACUCGCGCAGUUUAGCCAGUACCAGGGGUAUUUGAGUCGCAUGCUAACUGCCCCUGUGGAAGAAGCUGGCGGUGAAAGGAGAGGAGGAGAAGGAGUUGACAGUGUGGGAACUGCAGAAGCAGCCAGAGCAGAUGGCAGCUACAUUAAAAUAACACCCCGGGAAUUGGCAGCUAUAGAGAGGUUGAAGGCUUUGGGCUUUCCUGAAGGCCUUGUGGUUGAAGCAUAUUUUGCUUGUGAGAAGAAUGAGGAGUGGGCUGCCAAUUUUCUGCUCGAGCAGGACUUGGAGGAGGACUGAAAGGGACUCUCCUGUGGCUCACAUCUCCCGCCGUUCCAUUCGUUACGCUGACUUUGUCUCCUACCGCGUCUUGGAUGACUUGGCCUUAGGUUCACCAUACUUGGCAUCAGAACUAGAUGUUGGGGCAGGGGCGGGAGUCACACGUUGCAGGGUGGGGAGAGAUACCCUGCCUGGCUGCUUCAACCAGCAGGUGCCUCAAAUCCACACAGUGUGCAGAGUAGGCUGCCA